GUUGCUUUUUAAAAGCGAGCCGCCAAACAACAAACUUUCUUGAACACCGAAGGUUGUGGUGUACGCGGAGUUCCUACAUUCAUACACGACUGUCUUCGUCUUUCUCUCAGAAAUCUACCAGAGUUCAGUGACCGCAAGGAUGAGCGCGUUGAUGUUCGCCGGUCAGGAGAACGUCAGGCUGAGGCUGCCUCCGGGCAAGGAUCGCAUGCGACUGAAGUCUGCACCGGAGCUAAACACAGAAAAGGGCUUUAAAACUCCUGGCCCGACCACGCCCCUGCUGAAUCGUCCAAGACUGUGUUCUCAGAAGGUGACUCACACCCCCAAUGUAUACCCCCAGAGAGAAGACCCUGACCUGCGUUGUCGUGUGAAGGACGCUCAACCGCCGGCAGAAGAUGCAGAGCCUGACAUCGAGAGAAUGUUCCCCUACAGGCCAGAUGACUUUGAGCGUUACGGCGUGACUGAUGGGGUCUUGUAUCUGAGUGCCCUUCCCCUCGCUGGAGCUCCGUGGUUGCCGUGGCACCCUGUGAUUCCAGAGGCUGAUGACAUCACCUUAGAGGCAUGUGAGCCCCUGCCUCCACCACACACAGAGGAGCACAGGGAAGUGCUGGAUGACUUCCUGCUGACGCUCAGUGAGCUGAUGGUGGACCUGCCGCCCCCUCCAGAGGAUGAUGAUCUCGACCUUUGACCUUAGCAUCGUGGCUGUGUACACCUGCAGUUUUUAAGUUUUGUUGUGAUCUAUUGGGUUUUGUAUUAUCUUUUUCAAUAAAGUUCCUUGUUCAGAAAGUA